CUUGUUCGAAUAGUUUAUUAAAUAAUUUCAUUGAAAGCAAUUUUUAUUAAAGAAACAAAAUGCUUUCAAAAGAAUAUCUCGACAGUUGGAAUGAGUUGUGUGCUGAAUGCAAAAUGGUAGAAUCGGAUUUGGCAAAUCCUUCGGAAAAGUGGCUUACCAAAGUCCUGGUAAGCUAUUUAAGGAUGUUUGGAUAUCGAGUCGAAAUACCAUGCUCUGAAGAAGGAUCACGGGAGAAGAGAAUAUUCUUAAUAAAAUUAGUACGACACAUUGACCAUAUUUAUAAAAUUAGCGACAAAUCAUUUACGUUCACAUAUUAUGACUUGCUCAAACCUUCUACCAAAAAGACGUCACAUAUGUUGGGGAUUCUUCUAAAUUACCUUUAUUAUAUGAAUAUGUUUAAAACAGAUGUUUUUAAAAUGGCUAAUGAUAGAUUAGCAGAACGGCAGGAAUUGGUAGAUAAAAUUAAGCAUACAAUUGAAGAUAAUCGGAAAAGACAAAACAAGGCAGAAAAGAUGCACGAAGAACUAGCUUUUCUUUCCAAUCAAAUUCCGCUGCAUAAGAAUCAAUUAAAAUCAGUUACUUCUGAAUUAAGUCGACGCGAGAGUGAGUCGCAACAAAUAGCUAUUGCUGUAAAGGAUUUAAAAACAAAAAUUGAUGAACUCAAAGGAAAAGUACGAAAUCUGAAACGUCUUAUUGUUCCUGAAGAAGAAGGACAGGAAUUACAAAUACAGUUAAAUAAAAUCCAAGAACAAAUAACAGAAUACGAAAAUCAGACACGAAAUGCCGAAAGCAAUCUAAAAAUGCAUAUUUCGGACAACAACAGGCUGCAGGAGAUACUAAAACUAGUUGAGUCUGCUAAAGAUAUCUUAUCGUCAGAUUUUGUAGACAGUUUUAACAGCUCUUUAAAUAAUCUUUUAACUGCUGAAACAAAGGUUGCAAGUUGUGAAAAAGAAAAACUGCAACUAACGCAAACCAACAUUCAACACCAAAAAACUUUAGAAUGUUUGCAGGAAAAAAUGAAACUCGAACAACAUCAAUUCGAUGAGGAAAAACAAAAACUUCACACAUUAAUAAUGUCCAAAACCAAGGAAUGUGAUGUUCUAGAGGCUCAAACAGAAAAUUUAAAAUGUGAAAUAUUUGCAGUAGAAAACUCAAUAAAUGAGCAAGAGGAUAUCCAAUCAUAUAUUCAGGAAAAUAUUGGGGUAUUAAUGGAAAAGUACAAAUGAAUUAAUUUCAAUACAAAAUACAUAAAAAGAAAAGAAAAUUGUUUAAAUAUUUCUAUUAGCUUAUAAGUGAAAAUAAAUUUAAUACAUAUUAUUAACU